CGAAGAUAAGUUAUUGAAGCAUAAUUCAUCAUUCGCCAUCAUGAAUUCAGACGUUAGAAGCAGAAUAUCAUUCUUAUUCGGUAUCAUGAGAGUCACAUUCCACUGGGGUUUCAUUCCAACUAUCAUUUACUUGGGUUUCCAAAAAGGAGCUGAUCCUGGAAUGCCUUCGUUCUCUCUUCUAAGUUUAUUAUGGCAGUAGGCAUUGUAUCUCGUCUCCGCACCAUGAGUAGAUAGAUAAUCUGGGUACCUGAGUAUUUUAUGUUAAAAUGUGUGUUAUAUGAAGUCGAUAAAAUAUAAUACCUUUACGUAUUA